GUUGCGUCCGCGUCUCGGUGGCCGUCCUCCCGGGCGCUCCUUCCUGCGGAGCGCGCUUCACGGCGGCUGCACACUCGCUGCCCGGGCUCCCACGCACCCUGGGCUCGCGCGUGGGGUCGGGGCCGCGCACACGCGUGUCUCCAGACGGCCGCGGCGCCGGCGGGCCAGGCGGGCAGGGGGCGCCGCGGGGCUCGACGCGUCUUUCCGGCCAGGGGCGCCGGGGCAUCCAGGCGCGGGCCACGGAGGGAGAGGGGACAGCCCCGGCUUCCAGCUGCUGCUGCCGCCGCCGUCACCGCUGAAGAGGGAACUAAGAUUCCAGAUGGCAAAUUCUAUGAACGGCAGAAACCCUGGUGGUCGAGGAGGAAACCCCCGAAAAGGACGAAUUUUGGGUAUUAUUGAUGCUAUUCAGGAUGCAGUUGGACCCCCUAAGCAAGCAGCAGCAGAUCGCAGGACUGUGGAGAAAACUUGGAAACUCAUGGACAAAGUGGUCAGACUGUGCCAAAAUCCCAAACUUCAGUUGAAAAAUAGCCCACCAUAUAUACUUGAUAUUUUACCUGAUACAUAUCAGCAUUUGCGACUUAUAUUGAGUAAAUAUGAUGACAACCAGAAACUUGCCCAACUCAGUGAGAAUGAAUAUUUUAAAAUCUACAUUGAUAGUCUAAUGAAAAAGUCCAAGCGGGCAAUAAGACUCUUUAAAGAAGGCAAGGAGAGGAUGUACGAAGAACAAUCACAGGACAGACGAAAUCUCACAAAACUGUCCCUUAUCUUCAGUCACAUGCUGGCAGAAAUCAAGGCAAUCUUUCCUAAUGGGCAAUUCCAGGGAGAUACCUUUCGAAUCACGAAAGCAGAUGCUGCAGAAUUCUGGAGAAAGUUUUUUGGGGACAAAACUAUCGUCCCGUGGAAAGUGUUCAGACAGUGUCUUCAUGAGGUCCAUCAGAUUAGCUCUGGCCUGGAAGCAAUGGCUCUAAAAUCAACAAUUGAUUUAACUUGUAAUGACUACAUUUCAGUUUUUGAAUUUGAUAUUUUUACCAGGCUGUUUCAGCCUUGGGGCUCUAUUUUACGGAAUUGGAAUUUCUUAGCUGUAACGCAUCCGGGUUACAUGGCAUUUCUCACAUAUGAUGAAGUUAAAGCACGACUACAGAAAUACAGCACCAAACCUGGAAGCUACAUUUUCCGGUUAAGCUGCACUCGACUGGGACAGUGGGCCAUCGGCUAUGUGACGGGGGAUGGCAAUAUCUUGCAGACCAUCCCUCAUAACAAGCCCUUAUUCCAAGCCCUGAUUGAUGGCAGCAGGGAAGGAUUCUAUCUUUAUCCUGAUGGGAGAAGUUAUAAUCCUGAUUUAACUGGAUUGUGUGAACCUACACCCCAUGAUCAUAUAAAAGUUACACAGGAGCAAUAUGAAUUGUAUUGUGAAAUGGGCUCCACUUUUCAGCUCUGUAAAAUCUGUGCCGAGAACGACAAAGACGUCAAGAUCGAGCCUUGCGGCCAUCUGAUGUGCACUUCGUGCCUGACAGCAUGGCAGGAGUCAGAUGGCCAGGGCUGCCCCUUCUGUCGCUGCGAAAUAAAAGGAACAGAGCCCAUCAUUGUGGACCCCUUUGAUCCGAGAGAUGAAGGCUCCAGGUGCUGCAGCAUCAUUGACCCCUUUGGAAUGCCAAUGCUGGACUUGGAUGACGACGAUGACCGAGAGGAGUCCUUGAUGAUGAAUCGGUUGGCAAAUGUUCGAAAGUGCACUGACAGGCAGAAUUCACCGGUCACAUCACCAGGAUCCUCUCCCCUUGCACAGAGAAGAAAACCACAUCCAGACCCUCUCCAGAUCCCACAUCUGAGCCUGCCCCCCGUGCCCCCUCGCCUGGACCUGAUUCAGAAGGGCAUAGUGCGGUCUCCCUGUGGCAGCCCAACUGGUUCCCCAAAGUCUUCUCCCUGCAUGGUGAGAAAACAAGAUAAACCGCUGCCAGCACCACCUCCUCCCUUGAGAGAUCCUCCUCCCCCUCCACCUGAGAGACCUCCCCCCGUCCCACCUGACAAUAGACUGAGUCGUCACUUCCAUCACAUGGAAAGUGUGCCUUCCAGAGACCAGCCGAUGCCUCUAGAAGCCUGGUGCCCUCGGGAUGUGUUUGGGACUAAUCAAUCUGUGGGAUGUCGACUGCUAGGGGAUGGCUCUCCGAAGCCUGGAAUCACAGCUAGUUCGAAUGUAAAUGGAAGGCACAGUAGAAUGGGCACUGACCCAGUGCUUAUCAGGAAACACAGACGCCACGAUCUGCCUGCAGAAGGAGCCAAGGUCUUCUCCAAUGGCCACCUGGGAAGUGAAGAAUAUGAUGUUCCUCCCCGGCUCUCUCCUCCUCCUCCAGCUACCACCCUUCUCCCUAGCAUCAAGUGUACUGGUCCAUUAGCAAAUUCACUUUCAGAGAAAACAAGAGACCCAGCAGAAGAGGAGGAUGAGGAGUACAAGGUUCCUUCAUCCCACCCCGUUCCCCUGAACUCACAACCGUCUCACUGUCAUAACCUGAAACCUUCUCUUAGGUCUUGUGACAAUGGUCAUUGUAUAUUGAAUGGAACACAUGGUACAUCUUCAGAGAUGAAGAAAUCAAACAUCCCAGAGUUAGGCAUCUAUUUAAAGGGAGAUGUUUUUGAUUCAGCCUCUGAUCCAGUGCCAUUACCACCUGCCAGGCCUCCAACUCGCGACAGUCCAAAGCAUGGUUCUUCACUCAACAGGACGCCCUCUGAUUAUGAUCUUCUCAUCCCUCCAUUAGGUGAAGAUGCUUUCGAUGCCCUCCCCCCGUCCCUCCCGCCUCCCCCACCUCCCGCAAGGCACAGUCUCGUCGAACAUUCAAAACCUUCUGGCUCCAGUAGCCGACCAUCCUCAGGACAGGACCUUUUCCUUCUUCCUUCAGAUCCCUUUUUUGAUUCUGCAAGCAACCAAGUUCCUUUGCCUCCUGCCAGGAGAUUACCAGGCGAAAAUGUCAAAUCCAACAGAACAUCGCAGGACUAUGAUCAGCUUCCUUCAUCUGCAGAUGGUUCACAAGCACCAGCCAGACCCCCUAAACCCCGGCCCCGCAGGACUGCACCGGAAGUUCACCACAGAAAACCCCAUGGGCCUGAGGCUGCGUUGGAAAACGUCGAUGCAAAAAUUGCAAAACUCAUGGGAGAGGGUUACGCCUUUGAAGAAGUGAAGAGAGCCUUAGAGAUAGCCCAGAAUAAUGUCGAAGUGGCCCGGAGCAUCCUCCGAGAAUUUGCCUUCCCCCCUCCAGUCUCCCCACGUUUAAAUCUAUAGCAGCCAGGACUGUAAACACCAAAACAUCAAGCAAUCGAUGAGUAUUCCAGGAGUGUGGAAAGUAUUCCAGAGGGGUGUCGCCUCCUCACGUGGCAUCUGGAGAAGAGCGAGGCUUGGAAGUGCUGCUUCGCCCAAAAGACAGCUGCGUGCUCAGGACGCCAGCGGCCGCGGCUUCCUCUUUUUUGCUAGCCAUACUUUUAAAUCAGGGUUGAACUGACAAAAAUAAUUUAAAGACGUUUACUUCCCUUGAACUUUGAAUCUGUGAAAUGCUUUUCCUUGUUUACAAGUUCGCGACGUUGCAGUUUGUUCUCGUUUUUAGUUUUGUUUUGGUUUUUUUGAUACCUGUACUGUGUUCUUGACGGACCCUUUGUAGCGUGGUCAGGUCUGCUGUAACAGUCCCACCCGUUCCUUCACCGUCCAUGUCAGCAGCUAGUCACCUCUUCAUUUUGGCCUCUCCCAUCAUAUCCCCAUCCCACCCCCACCAGGUCUAGUUCCAUUUCUCUCAUUUACAAGAUGCUUUAAAAGUUCUGAUUUUCGACUCAUGAAACUAAUGCAAAAAAAAAGUGUGUGGCCUUCACUACUGAGUCUUUUUUUGGAAACCAUCGCUGUUGAGAGAUGGAGAAAAUCUGAAUGUAUAAAGCAUUUUUUUUGUCAAUGAAUUGCCUUUUAUAAGGGGUUUUCAUAUAAUAUAAAGGAGCUUCCCUUUUUAGUGUAAGUUUUGUGAUUCUCAAUCUUCCAUAUUCUCAUCUCUGUCAUCUCAGGCAUGUCACGACUCCGUAAAAAUCUAAAAUAUUAGAAAGCAACUACUGCAGAUGUGGGAGAAAUACACUUGCACAUGACAAUGCCAUACUGAAGUCAUAUGAUGAGGUCCCUUGAUAUUUAUGCCCGCAUUACUCUGAGGCAUGCUGAAUAAGAGGGCCAGCUCCCUGAAAUAUAUUAAUAAUUUGCAGAUAAAAUUAUGGUCAUUCCUUCCCCGAAGUGGAAUAGAGUUCAUUUCCUGUUUGACUUAUUACACUCUGGUACCUAACCGGCUUAGGAACCAGCUCCUAUUUCAGUGGAAACGUUAACUCUUCGAUGCACUGUUAAGUGCUGAUGCUACUGUGGCAAUGUGUUUUGCAAAGUCCUUAGUCAUCUUCUCUCUGCAAUCAAAUUAGAGUUCGUAUCUAACUUGUAGACUCUCUCAUUCAUUGCUCCACAUUGCUCCAUCCAGUCAGGUGAAAGAAAUUAAUAGAGUUUUGCCUUUUUUGCAAAAUGGUGGUUGGUUCUUCAGAAACCGUGUUAUUACCUUUCGUAAAUCUACAAAUAUUUAUUGAGCAUUUAUGAUGUGCUCGGCGCUGUUAGGCACUGUGUUUUUAAAGCACAAACUGUUGCAAGCUGAUUCCAAUAUAAUGUUUUCUGAUUCUUUAUCUGCAUUUUCGAUGGUAAGUCUUUCUGAUGGACAAAGCCUAGAAGGUUCCCAUCAGGGCUUCAGAAUUUUCAGGCAGUUUGCUUUUAUUUUUAUUUCCUAAUGAGAAGUUAGUAGAGAAAUGAAACAAAACCAGUUCUGUGUAAAAUGCUUGAACCAACAGUAGGUUUUCUAAAUAUGGACUAAUUGUGGGGUUGUGCCUGUUUCGGCCACUCCUUUCUUAGUUUCAAACACAGUGUGAUGCCAAGAAAUGCAUCCGACAGCGAGCCUCUCUUCAGGAAUUGACAUGACCAGACAUCUAGCAGACCCCGGGGGAGUGAAUGCCGUUCAAGACUGUCAUCAGCCAGGGCGACCUGGGGAGGGGAGCUACUGCGUUCCUUUGCCAAGUGACAGUGGCCUUUCCUGACAGUUUGGCUGUCAUGAUUGGGGGACUUGAGGAGUCACAGGCCUUGGGUAGUUUGUGCUCAUGUUUUAAUUUCUCCAGAUGAUUCUGAGCUGGUUAAGGUCCCUAGAGGGGAAGUUUCAAUUUGCCUUAGUCCUUCCUGUGAGUACAUACAUAUUCGAGUAUAGCUUUUUACAAUUUUUUAAAAUCGUAUCGGCUAAUUCUCCAUGACUUUGUGAACUCCAUGUUCUGUCCUCAUGAUCUUUCAUUUGUUUUCUCAGUUUCUGAUGUCACAUUGGAAUAGCACUG